UCAUCUACCUUUAAAUAUGUAGCGGACUGCAGCUCUUAGUCCAGCUGCUGAUGCUGCUGCUGUUUCGUCCUCAAUGCCAUGCUGAAAACAUCCGACAACAAGCUCUUCUCCUGAUCGUUAAAAGCUUCGAAGACACAGGGGUAUGACAGACCAGGAGAGCCCCACUGUGGAUGAUCCUCCUCCAACAUACACAAUAUUCCUCCUUGUCUUCUUCUUCUUCAUCACGGGCCUUCUGGGUUUCCUAAUCUGUCACUUAUUGAAGACGAAGGGCUACCGAUGUGAACUGGAAGAGGAUGAAGAAGACUGUGAAGGCAAACUGGGAGCAGACCAAGAUGAUGUAUCAGAAGACAGUCAAGACACCGUGGAACAAAUUCUGAAGUGUAUCAUUGAGAAUGAAGCCAAUGUGGAGGCCUUCAGAGAGAUGUUAGUUGGCCAAAAUGUUUGUGAACAUCAUGACCCACGGCUACGUCAUAAAGACAGUGUCGGUGGUCUUCCCCUUCACCACCACACAGUUCAUCUGGGAGGUGAAAUCAGCUCUUGUGUUCACUGCAUGCAAGGACAAAUCUUAAAAACACGACGCAGAAGCCGUGUGGCCAGAACUAAAGCCCGGCCAGGAGAGCAGACUGUGUUUUCUGUGGGCAGAUUCCGAGUCACCCACAUGGACAAGAGAAACAGCCUGCAUGGGUCAAUGAAUCUUCCUACCCCCAAGCCAGGAAACACAUCGAAUGACACAACGCUCUCAGACAGCAGGACGGGAUUUAAAGAAACUUCAAUAAAGUCUCAGGAGGAAUACAACAUCCGCAACAUGUUUAAAGACUCUGGAGCAACUAAUGUCAAAGUCCCAAAUGUAGGCAAACGGAAGAAGAGUGUGACGUUGCUGGGCUUUUAUAAGACUAGUAGUCCUGUGGAGACCAAAGCAGGACCGGAAGUAUUUGUGGAGGACAAAGAGGGAUCAACCACUGCUGAUCAGCUUUCCAUCUCUCUGGAAGAAUGCUUGAGCUCUGUUCCAGUGUCUCCCACAGACACCGAAACAGCUUUAGAUCAAAAUUUAAAUAAAGGUUCUGGUAAUCAAUUAGAUGAGACUUUUAAGGAGAGCAGCCCAGAGAAACAAAAGUCUGAGAAUGAUGAGACUUUAAAUGCAAAAUCGCAAGAGAAAUUAAGUACGAGCACGGCAGGUAUUGCUGAUGAUAGUUCUAAAGGCUGCUCUAGAUUUUCUGUGGUACGAACUGUGGAGGAGGUUGUCGUCACACCUGCAGCCAAUACCGACAACAGAGGAGAAAGCACGGCAAAACAAGAUGACCUUAAGUGUGACCAAAUUAGUCAGAAGAGUAUAGACAGAAGCAAGUAAUCAGCAAAAAAAUAGACAGCAGAUAUGAUUGCAGAAUCACAGCCCCACAAACAUUAAGGUUGGUCAGACAAUCAUAUUUAAAGAAACACUCCACUUCUACUGAAAAUAGGCUCAUUUUACAAGUUACCAACAAGUUAAGCUGUUUCCAACAAGUUACCCAUUCAACCGAUCUCUGGGUCUGGCAGCAGCAGUUUUAGCUUAGCUUAGCAUAACUCAUCAAAUCAGAUUAGACCAUUAGCAUCUAGCUCAAAAACUUCACAAAAGUGUUUAGAUAAUUUUCCUACUUAAAGUUUGACUCUUUUGUAGUUCCAUCGUGCAUGGAAAAAGAUCCAUUCAAUCAUUGAUUUUCCUUUGGCUUAGUUCCUGAUUUAUCCACAGUGGAAUGAUCCGCCAAAUAUUCCAGCAUGUGUUUUAAGCAGUGGAUGCCCUUCCAGCCACAACACAGUAUUGAGAAACACCCAAACACACUCAUUUACACACACACACACACACACACACACACACACACACACACACACACACACACACACACAC